CCGGGACUGAGAGUGCCGCGGGAAAGCAACGGCCAAGGACGGGGCGCUGCGCUCGAGCUACCCAAUGCUGGGACUAUCUGCAGCCGCUGCUCGUGCAAUAUGCUGGAGCUCCAGAACAGCUAAACGGAGUCGCCACACCGCUGCCUGGGCUGGAUCGCAGCGCUGCCUUUCCUUAUGAAGAAGACACAAACUUGGAUUAUCACUUGCAUUUAUCUUCAACUGCUCCUAUUUAAUCCUCUCGUCAAAACUCAGGAGAUCUGCAGGAAUCCUGUGACUGAUAAUGUAAAAGACAUUACAAAACUGGUGGCGAAUCUUCCAAAUGACUAUAUGAUAACCCUCAACUAUGUCGCCGGGAUGGAUGUUUUGCCUAGUCAUUGUUGGUUACGAGAUAUGGUAACACACUUAUCAGUCAGCUUGACUACUCUUCUGGACAAGUUUUCAAAUAUUUCUGAAGGCUUGAGUAAUUAUUCCAUCAUAGACAAACUUGGGAAAAUAGUGGAUGACCUCGUGGCAUGUAUGGAAGAAAAUGCACCUAAGAAUGUAAAAGAAUCACUGAAGAAGCCAGAAACUAGAAACUUUACUCCUGAAGAAUUCUUUAGUAUUUUCAAUAGAUCCAUUGAUGCCUUCAAGGACUUCAUGGUGGCAUCUGACACUAGUGAUUGUGUGCUCUCUUCAACAUUAGGUCCUGAGAAAGAUUCCAGAGUCAGUGUCACAAAACCAUUUAUGUUACCCCCUGUUGCAGCCAGUUCCCUUAGGAAUGACAGCAGUAGCAGUAAUAGGAAAGCCGCAAAGUCCCCUGAAGACCCAGGCCUACAAUGGACAGCAAUGGCACUGCCGGCUCUCAUUUCGCUUGUAAUUGGCUUUGCUUUUGGAGCCUUAUACUGGAAGAAGAAACAGUCAAGUCUUACAAGGGCAGUUGAAAAUAUACAGAUUAAUGAAGAGGAUAAUGAGAUAAGUAUGUUGCAACAGAAAGAGAGAGAGUUUCAAGAGGUGUAAUUGUGGAUGUAUCAACAUUGUUACCUUCGCACAGUGGCUGGUAACAGUUCAUGUUUGCUUCAUAAAUGAAGCAGCUUUAAACAAAUUCCUAUUCCUGUCUCAAGUGACAGACCUCAUCUUUACCUGUUCUUGCUACCCGUGACCUUGUAUGGAUGACUCAGAAGUUGGAGCAGAGUGUUUUGCUGUGAAACCUGCACUGAAUUAUCAUCUGUAAAGAAGAAGUUGCACGGAGCAGGACUCUGAAGGUUUUGCAAGUGAUGAUGGGGACGAGAACACGUGUCCAGUCUACUUGCGCCAUUCGCAUGGCUUGGGAAAUGUCUGAAGUGCUGAAAACCCGCCCAGCUUUGUUCAUUAGUUAACAACCUGCAGCCCGUAGUUUAAUUAUGGUCUCUACAAGUAGAUUUCAGCCUGGAUAGUUGGGGGGGGAGGGGGCAUUUUUUUUUCACAAAGGGAUGUAGAAAACAAUUUAAAGAAACAGUAACUCCGUAGCAUCAGCCACUGUAUGGAGUUGAAAGCCAUGGGGAGUAUUUUUCUUUUUCUUUUGAGCAGGCUCAUUCGUCUGCUCUGUAGUUAUGGAUUAACAAGAGCAGCCUAAAUGUCAGCUCUUCCAUGACGUAAGUCAUGUGCAUCAUAUCUGACUAGAAAGGUGGACAUGGGUAGCUAGUUCUAUCCAAGCAGUGGAGCCCGUGCUGAACUGCAGUAUGAUGCCACGGUGUAUGGAAGAUUCUCUGGAAGAGUCUUUACAGGAAAAAAUUGUCAAUGUGGACCAGCGGAAGAACAUGCCAAGGAAGACAUUUGGCUCCUAGUGAAGCCGGUCUUUUCCCUUGACAGUCACUCUAGAGUGUGUAAAUCAUGUUUGCAAAGAUAUAAUGUGACACGUUUUAUGUUUUGAAACUACUGCAGAUUUGGGAGAAAAUGCUGAAUGUUUAAGGAUUCCAUUUUUUUUUUCUAAAUCCUGAUGGGAGAGAAUAAGAAUGAAUGAUGGUAUUUAGUACCUAAGAUUAGAAAUAGACACUUUAUUCUAAUAUGGGAGUUGCAAACUAAGUCACUCGUAUUCUGCAAGAGUGCAAGGAGUCAGAAAACAUUAGUUAUUUGCAGUAUAACCAUUAUCUCUUUAAACAUAGCCAUUUAUUUAAAAUCUGGCACUCUGUAUACAUUAAGGUUUAUGAAAUGAAAUAGAGAGAGCUUUUAUGUAUUUGUGCAUGUCAGUUUGCUAUUUAACAUGUGUGACAGCAUUUCUCAUAUUAGACAGAAAUUGGCAGCGAUUCCACGACGAACAUUGCGCUUUCAAAGCAGAAUUUACCACAUGUGCUAGCGAUGCCCCUGCUUGAACUAUAUUGAAAGCAAUUGGCUAAAAUCAAACUAUGACUUUUCUUCUGCCUUUAUUUUUGGUGAAGACUCUUUUCACCUACCCUAGACCUACGAAGUUUAAAGCUUUUCACACUAUAACUUCAUUCUUGCUAGUAGUUUUAUUUGCCCAGUGCUAAAACCUUAAGACAAACCAUUUUCAAUGUAAUGACACAGAAGUGCAUGGAAACCUAACUGCUAGCUUCUAUUCUGUCUUGGAGCUGCAUGAAAAGUUGUAGCUUAAAUGCUCAAAGCUCGUCCAAGUACAAACCCAGUACAUGGUGGCUGCUCUUCUUUGUACCAAAGAGUUCAAAUGGUUUCUAUGGCUCCUUCUCUAAUGCUCCGAGGUUCCUCCAAUACUAUCAUUCCUGCAAUAUGAAGCCCCAAGACACUGUAUUUACUUGUUUGAGCUCUCAGAUUAGUCCAGGAUAGAACUGAUUAGGAAUCAGUGAGAAAUCAGCUCAGUUACUGAAAGGGCCUAGAUUGUUGCUUGGCAUUGAUUGCUCUGAGAGUAAAAGUAGCAGGAGGGCACCAUGAGUCACAGGUAUAGGUGUAUAUAGGUUGAGCCUAUUGUUACCUCUCAGUUUUGUGGCUUCGUUUAUUUAUCUGGUAGUUUCAUUUUGCUCAGGCUUAUGAAGAUGCUAUCUACUGGACUUGAGAGUACAAUAAAUAGACAUUUCUACUCAAAGCUAGCAGUUGGAUUUUAACACUCACAAGCCCGGUCUUAAUCAGUAGCACUAAAUAAACAAAUUCAACAGGUCGUAGUAUCGGACAUGGUAGAAGGUGAACGACGUGUCUUGCGUAUUAAACAUGUCGGUUCACUGAGAAUAACAUAGAUUGUCAAUUUUUUUAAAAAUGCUAAGGUUCAAUAAAAUGCAUGAACAAUAGGAAACUGCUGAACAUUAUUUUGAAUGCUAGCUGCUUGGACAUUAACUACGGCAUAUCUGCUUCCAGAUUAAAAGUGCGUAUCCUUCGCCUAGCGUAUCUCAUGUAUGCUCUGAAUAUUUCUCUUAAAUUAUGAAAACCCCACAACUGAGAAGAUAAAAGUAUAAAAUCGCCCUUUAAAUUGCCCAUUUUUCUGAGAGUUCUCUUUUGUAAUGUGUCCAGUUUGAUUCUUGAAAAAUGAUCUAAGAAAUCUGCAGCCUUGUGUCUCCUUGGUGGGAAGCAAGCCCAUAGCAAGACUAUUUGUGUGAUCAGUGGGUAGUGUUAGAGCAGUCCUGGUUUUUGUAUUGUUAUCUAACAUGCUUAACACACUGCCAUGUUUUAAUGAACCACAGAAGAACUGAAGCUUUCUAUUAGUAAUAAAAAAAAACCUUAAAUUUUGCAUUACAAAAAGUAUUGCGUAGGAGAAAAAAAUGAAAAUACAUAAAAGUAUGUGUCCACUUUGAGAUAAGAAUUAAACACACUUCGGUGAACUUUCACAUGCUUUGAAAGAAACAAUUUCACGUGCGUCGCAGAGUUUGGUACCCGAAUUCAAUCGAAGUUAUAAAUGAAUGGAAGAAUCUUUUGUGGAAUCUUUGAUUGUUUUCCACUCUGUUUCUCACAGUAGGUUUUGAUUUCAUGACUUAAUUCUGAUACGGAAUCUUAGCUAUCCUGUACACAGUGUUGAAGAAAUAUGUUUUUCAAAUUAGGCAGUUAGGUGUAGGUGGGUGAACAUUGAGAGAGAUAGCCAGGAGGUUGGUCUACUUUGCCACAAAUGGAUAUAAUGUCCCCACUCUCUUUGGAUCUCAGUGUUGUCUUUGUGUGUAGAUAGGUCAGAGGUCACUCUUCUUCGGGAGUGAGCCCUUAUGCCACACAGUUAACAAAGCAAAGAAAACAGCAAAAAGAAUCCUAAAAAAAAUACCUGGCUCUGGCUUCUGAACAAUAGUUUGGACAAUGAGAAGUCCUUGCUGUUUUAGUUUCUAGUGUAAAUAGGGUCCAUUAGUAAAAGUGAAUUCAGUCUUAGGUCGGGUGGAUUGGACAACCAUUUACACAUAAGAUGGCUUUUAUCUUUGCUUAAAUAAAUGUUUUGGGAUCACCUCUGAAGAAUCAAGACCAAUAGUGCAUUUUCAUCAUGAGGAGAUACAAGAUGUGUAUAACAUUUGGAAAUGUGUCAGAGGGUAAAUUUAAAUGUUCUUGUUGUAUUGAAAGCUAAGAACAAAUAAAUGUAGGGUGCUACUAAGGAUCUUGGAUGCCAAGAGAUAUUUUAAAGCCAAUUUGUAAAAAUGGUAAUGCAUAAAUUCCAUUUACAAUUGGGGAAUGUAGGACAAGACUUGUAAAGUAAGCCAGUUUAUCUUUGAAACAGUAUUGUGAAAUUGGCUUUAAAUAUAGCCAUUCCGAUCAAAAAUGUAUUCAUGAAGUCUGACUACACAACCCUUGGCACUGCCGUCCCACACAGUCUUUAAGGCCUUUGUCACGAGAGAAUGACAGUAUCUCAUUCAUAACUGGUGUGGGUUUAGGAGGGAGCCACACUAAGGUGAACAUUUAUGAUCCCGGAAUGUUUGUAAGCAUUGUAGCUGCACAACUGCCAUCUCCAAAUAUUUUCUUAUAAGACUGUUUUUAGAAGAAGAAAAUUGUCUAAAACAAGCAAAAACUAUGGUAUUUUCAUUUACUCAAUUUCUAGGCUAAAAGAGUUCACUAAAUAACGUUUUCCAAUCAAAUUCCUAUAGUCUUCUUCUCCAGUAGUCUAGGCAUUAAUAUGUGAUUAUUGUGUCUCUCGGCCACUGUUUUUUUUAAGUCCAUGGACUUGAGAAGUAUUCCGACACUUAUAUGGCUUCACAGAUAUAUUGCUAGUUCAGUCAUAGAUUGGAGUUUGCAUAUUGUAAUGUAAGUGUUAUGUCAACACUAUUCUAAAUAGUUUAUGACUGAAGUUUAAUUAAAUAAAAGGUUGUAAAAUGUGAUGUGUAUGUGUAUAUACUGUAUGUGUACUUUUUAAAAUAGGUAUAUGUCCUGACCCUUUUGAUACAGGUUUGAAUUUGAAAUUACAUUAUAUAAACAUAUACUUUAUUGUUCUAAAUAAAGAAUUUUAUGCACCAUCA